CAAAAAGUCUCGGAGCGGACACAAAGUACAUUCGCCGCAGAGCUCAGCCGACACGGAGGAGACGCCGCUAAAAGAGAGAAAGAAAGAGAAUGGCGUCAUCAUCAUCGUCGGCGAGAGGAGAGAUGGAGAAGAUGGGAAUCGAUCAGCUGAAAGCGUUGAAGGAGCAAGCGGAUCUCGAAGUGAACCUCCUCCAAGACAGUCUGAACAACAUCCGCACAGCCAACGCCCGCCUCGAAUCCGCCGCGGGAGCUCUCAACGAUCUCUCCCUCAGACCUCAAGGCAAGAAGAUGCUCGUGCCACUCACCGCGUCUCUCUACGUGCCUGGGACGCUCGACGAAGCUGACAAGGUUCUUGUUGACAUCGGCACUGGUUACUUCAUCGAGAAAACAAUGGAUGAUGGUAAAGACUAUUGUCAGAGGAAGAUUAACUUGUUGAAAUCCAACUAUGAACAGCUUUUUGAGGUGUUGGCCAAAAAGAAAAGCGUGGCAGAUGAAGCAGGGAUGGUCUUGCAGAGUAAAGUUAGACAGUUACAAGCUGCAACCACGUCUUGAAAAAAUUCUUCUUUCUCUAUUGGCUUUUACUAUUUUUGACGUUUUGAGAUUGUGUAUGAUCAGUUUUGUGUUACGACUCUUAUGAUAUCUCAACCGGGAUGUGUUUUGUGUGGUAGAAGAACUUGUUCUGUAAUAUUAAGAUAAAAAGGUUAAAAACUAGUUACCGUGAGAAAAACAAAUCUUGCUUAGUUA